AAAGUACAUUGCGUUUUCACUUAUGGGUGUUUUUUUAUCAUAAAUCACAGUUUAUUGACUGGACCACGUCGAAAAUCGAGAUACUUACCAGUUAUCAGUUCGGUAUCAAUGUUUAUAUUUUCGUAGCUGACUAAAAGAGAUAAUAGUAACAAGAAACGUAAGCUUAAAACAAAUUCUAAGCCUAAGCUGUAUGACGUUUUAUUAUACGUAAUUUUAACUACAUUACACGUUUAACUCAUGCGCCUGUGUAUUUAAAUAUUUUUAAUUAAAAAUACUAAUAUACUGCAAAAUGCCUGGGAAAGUAUUUUUUGAAAAACAUUUAGAAGGUGAUCUGAAAAAUUUAGUCGAAGAUAAUGUCUAUAUUCCUGGAUUAAUUAUUGGACAGGUCAUAAACGACGACUAUCAUGUUGUCCAUUUGAUGGCGAUAACUACAUGGGAUGAUAAUAAAAGACCUAGCCAUAAACCAGACACCUUGAAGUCUACUUCUUUGAACGGACUAUCACAAUUUUCUUCUGAAAUAUUCGACCGAACAUUAGAUGUAAUUAACUUUUUACCUGGAGGCUCAUAUGUGUUAGGUUUUUUUAUUAUUAUACCGAAAGAUCUAUCGGGUAUUAAACCAGUGUCACUUGAUUUUUUUCAAUUAGAUAAUAUUUUAAAUGAAUAUGUAUUGUUUAAAGACAAGAGUGAAACAUGGAAGUAUUUAUUGCUAAACUAUUCUAGUGUAAACAAUAAAUCAUGCUGCUACACUGUAGAUAUUAAAAUACCGAAUGAUGCUAAAUCAAUAACGUACAAGGCGAUAGACGUAUCAUUUAAAUCGAUGGAAAAAGAAUGGAUAACAUUUGUUGGAACAUUUAACUUUGAUACAUUAGAAUCCCUAAAUGUGUCUGGUGGACCAAAAGUAUUGUCUUCUAUACGCGAAAAUUUAUUGGAUCAACUUGAAUCGAUAACGGAAAAGUGUGUGUAUUCGUUCAACGGACAAGUAUAUGAUAAAAAAACAGUUAUAAAAAAUGUAAAAGUUAGCAGUAAUACGGAUAACGUAUUGAAAAAUGUCAUUCAUAUAGAACUAUUUAGAGAAGUCGAGUCCGGCGAAGAAAGUAAAAAUGCUUCGCUUAAAAUAGUCAGAGGAAAAGGAAAGAUUUUUAUGUCUGGCCUUUGUAGUUUGGCUGUACCUUUUCAUACCAGUGGAACUAUUGACCAAGCCGUUAAAGCUAUACGUCAAGAUACUAUCCGUACUUUUGCGACACGUUUAAAAAUGCAUUUGGAUUCCUUUGUUGAAGAAGAAUCUGAGGAAGAAGAUGAUGUUGCUAACGUUGUUCAUGAAACUCCGCGGCGUAUACUAAUUCUUAAAACCGAUGGUUGUAGAUUUCCUUUCAGCGAUUAUGUGUUUCCCGGUGAAUGUCCCAUAGAAACUCUAGACAAUGCAGGAGAUAUAUUGAAUCUUCCAAAAAAUAAAAUGGAAUUGUAUAAUUUAUUGGAAAAAGGACGACAAACUAGCUACGACGAAUUGUCAGACACUGAAGAUUUACAAAAGGAUGAAAAAAUUGCUGGAACGUAUGAUAACGACACACAAAUUGUCUGGUUCAUAGUUGCUACUUUAGUUUUUGCUGUAAUUUCAUUGAUCGUUAAAAUAUUGUUCAUAUAAUACAUAUCCAUAAUAUGAUGUACCUAUGCAUCUAUUUUUAAAUCAAAUUAAAUUUACAUUCCAUACAUGUAAAAAAAUUAUUUUUUUAUAAAGUUUAUUAAUUAUGUUAAAGACUAAAAUAUUAAUAAAAAACUAAUUUUGUUUAAA